AGGAGUGGUACCACUCCAGCAAGUCUAAGGAGGUUCAUAGAAACCGUAGUGCCAAUAUGGCCGGUGUCACCACCAACACCGUCGCCCUUGUGGCACUCCUCUCCAUGCUCGUCACGUCCGUCCGUUCCGGCACCACCUACAGCUCCACCUGGCUCCCCGCCAAGGCCACCUGGUACGGCAAGCCCAACGGCGCCGGCCCCGACAACGGCGGUGGUGCUUGUAACUUCAAGAACAGCCAGAAGGCACCAUUCUUCUCCAUGACGUCCUGCGGCAACCAGGCUUUAUUCAAGGACGGCGCCGGCUGCGGCGCCUGCUACCAGAUAAAAUGCAACAAGAAUAACUACCCCGAGUGCUCCAACGUGGCGAAGACGGUCGUCAUCACCGAUAUAAACGACGGCCCCAUGGCCAAGUACCACUUCGACCUCAGCGGCACGGCGUUCGGUGCCAUGGCGCUUCCAGGCCGGAACGCCCAGCUCCGCCGCGCCGGCAAGAUCAGCAUCCAGUUCAGGAGGGUGCCCUGCAACUGGCCGGGCGUGAAGAUCACCUUCUAUAUCCUCAAGGGUGCCAACCCAUACUACUUCCCGGUGAUGCCAGAACACCUCAACGGAGACGGGACCGUGGUCAAGAUGGAAGUCAUGCGGUCCAAAGACGGCCGCCCCACCAAGAUCUGGGAACCCAUGUACCGCUCCGUGGGCGCCGUCUGGAGGCGCGACUCCGGCAACCCGCUCAAGGGGCCAUUGUCCUUGCGCAUCACCAGCGAUUCCGGAAAGAAGCUCAUCGCCAACAAUGUUAUCCCGGCUGGAUGGAAGGGCGGCAACGGAUACACGUCCAAAGUUCAGUUCUAUUGAUUGGCUUACCUACUUCAGUUCUCCGAUCGAGGCCGACUUCAUCAUCUCAGUGUCAGGUGAUCGGCCCUCAUUAACAAUAUGUAUCGAAGGAUUUUUUUUGUGGAGAAUUGGAUCCAUGGAUUUUAAGUUACCAGGUAGCACCUCCACUCGUGCUGAUUUGGCCCUAACUGUGUGUGUCUUCAAGAAAGGAUCCGUACGUGUGCGCCUGAACUCGUGUUUGUGUUAUAUGUUUCUUUCCGAAAUGUGCCUUUUGCUGAGCAUUGUAUCCAAUCAUUUCAUUCUACAAGGAGCGGUGUAAACAUUCAUAAUA